AUGUGGAUUUUACCUCUUGUAGGCUACCUCGGGGUGAUUGUCGGAUUUUGCUUCCUGACACUUGCAAUUGCAUCCGGCUUGUAUUACCUCUCUGAACUGGUCGAGGAACAUACUGUCUUUGCUCGAAAACUGCUCAGUCGUCUCAUAUACUCCAUCAUCGGCAUUCAAGUCCUCCUCGUCCUGUUCGAUCGAUUCCCCAUCUCGCUUUCCCUCCUCAGCAUCUUCUCCCACCUGGUCUACGCCAGCAACCUGCGUCGCUUCCCCCUGGUCAAAUUGACUGACCCACUGUUCAUUCUAUCCUGCGUGCUGGUCGUCAUCAAUCACUGGCUAUGGUUCCGCCACUUCUCAACGCCAAUCCCUGCGACAAGACGCAAUGAGGGUAACUGGCGCCAGCCCUACCAGGUGGAUUAUAGUGACAUGCCCUCGUUCUCGGAAGUGGCGUCCUACUUUGGCCUGUGUGUCUGGUUGGUGCCCUUUGCUUUGUUUGUCAGUCUGAGCGCGGGCGACAAUGUCCUUCCGACCAUGGGCACCGAAUACGCGAGCAGUGCGCACGCCAGUCACGUCCGAAGCUCAUCUGAAAGCAAAGCGAAGAACAAGGGAAUGGCAAAGGCUUUGGUGGAUGGUGUACGAGAAUGGGCUGGAGAGACUGGCGAGCUGAUGGGGCUCUGGAAAGGUGACCGCACCAGGCGGUUCUGA